CGGUUCCAACGGCGCCGCCUUGGCCCCCAUGUGCAUGGAACCCUCUUCUCCGCCGACGCACGCACGCCGUGUGAAGCGCCCCACGACCGCCGCGCCCUCGUUCGCCAUCGCCACGGUGACGCGAAACCCUCACCGCUUCGGCGCGUGGCUCGACUACUACCGGCGGCUCGGCGCGGCGCACGUCUUUCUCGCGGUCGAGCAGUCUCCCGAUGUGGUCGCGUACUGCGAGGCGCACGCGGCGGGCUUCGUGACGCUAUCGGUGGCGAGCGAGCAGUCCAAUCCCUACUUCACCCUCAUCGACCGCCAGGAGGCGCACGUCAACGCGGCGCUCGCCGGGUGCGCGGUGCACGGGGUCGACUGGCUCUUCCAUGUGGACGACGACGAGCUGCUCCACUUUUGUGAGCCGUGGGAGGAGGUGGUGCGGCGCGUUCCGCGUGAUGCUGACUGCCUCGUCCUCACCAACGUCGAGGCGGUGCCCGAUCACGCCGGCUCCGACUUCACGACCAUCUCGCGCUUCUUCCUUGACGACGACUUGUUCCUGUGCUACGUCAACGGCAAGGCGGGCGGGCGAGUCGGCUCAACCGCGGCGAGCGGCUCGCACCGCUUCACCGGCGUCGAGUGGCUGGUCCCGCUCGAGAGCGCCAUGCUGAUGCACUUUGAGUCGUGCCCGUACGGGCGCUGGCGCGACAAGUUCAUGCACUAUGCGAGCCUGCAGCGCAAGAUGUCGGACAUUCCGUUCCGCUUCUACGUCGACUCGAUCCUCGCCUGCCGGCGCGUCGUCGCCGAGCGGCGCGAGCGCGAGAGGCGCAACGAGCGCUCCGCCGCCGGCCUCCGCAGCAGCCGCCGCACCGGGGUGGCGCGCAAGAUGCGUCUCGGCUCAGGCGAGGCGGCGCUGCGCGGCUUUUGGCGGCGGCGCAAGCUGCUGCACUACACGGCGCACCCCGGUGCCAUUGUGACAGUCCGGCACCUCGCUCUGCGCGACCCCGCUCCGGGGCGCGUCGAGACGCGGGGCGGCCGCGGUGGCCGCGCGGCGCCGGCGGCGGCCCUGCUGUGCCACUGGGGCGAGAGGCGGAAGGAGGGGCUCAAUCUGGACACCUAGGCGGUGCGCCACCAGCGCCGGGCGGGAGCGCCGGGGCCAUGGUACACGAUUUUGCUUAUUUCGGGCCAAAGAAUGAUACAGUAGUCACA